CCGGAGUAGUGUUUGUAGCAAUUCUCGUACCUGGUCCUGCAUCGAAGCUUCAGGACUAUUGAUAUUUAUCUCUGCAUGGAUUCUCUUAUGGCUUUGGUUCUUCCCAGAAACAUGUUACUGGUGGUGGUCCCUAUAUUCUUCUGACUUUUGUGCAUUGAAAUGGAUUCUUGAACCAGAGCCAUGUGAACCUGGUCCACCUGUACCUCUAAUUGAAGACCUAUUAACAUCACCAGAGUAUGUUCAUUCUGAUACCCCUAUGGUAUGGUUACGACAUGCAUUAUCCCUGUCAGAUGAAGCCAUUAAAAGAGCUGCAAUGGAAACAACUGGGCAACGAGACAACCCAAUGUGGUCGAUUGUAAGGAAAUACAGAAUAUCAGCUUCCAACUUUGGUGCAGUUCUCAGUUCUAAGCAAAGGCGAUUGACAUUGUCACUGAAAAAACGGCUUAUGUCAGCUUACAAUCUGGAGUCCAUCAAGGCUGUUGCAUGGGGUAUCACUCAUGAAGAUGAUGCUUUGAGAAAGUAUGAAAAGGACUUUGAUGCAGCUGUAGAGCAGUCAGGGAUAUGGUUGCAUGAAUCCAGAGUAUUGGGAGCUUCACCUGAUGGCUUAGUUGUUCGACCACCAACAUGCAGUGUAUUUUAUCAAACUCCAGAAGCCAAAGACGCCAUUCCUGAUAUUGUAGAGGUGAAGUGUCCAUAUCCAGCAUCAUCUUCAACAGUAGCAGAUGGGGCACAAAAUUUGAAGGAUUUUUUCAUAGAUCUUAAACAAGAUACCCUGUGCCUGAAAACCAGUCACCCAUACUAUCAUCAAAUUCAAGGCCAACUACACAUAUGUAACAAAACAUGCUUCGACUUAAUUGUGUGGACAAGAGUAGACUGCAUUGUGAUUAGAAUAGUAAAAGACAUUUAAUGGACAGCAAAUGUUUCAAAGCUGAUAGAUUUCUACUUUAACAUUUUCAUUCCAGCACUGAUGGAAAACUGAGUUCUGGUUUGAACUUCUUGACACUUGGUUUUGUACCUCUAGAAUUGUACCUCUAGAAUUUUCUAACAAUGGAAAAUGGGUAAUCAUGUUAAACGUGUUGAAUGUUCCUAAGUCUUAUAAAUGUAUGAUAUGAUGUGUCACAAUCCAUCAUAAAACUUCUGGCUUAUAAGACUACUUUAAAUAGCAAUGAUGAUUAAUAAAAUCUAUGUACUACACAAAAAAGAAUAUCAAAAUUUAGAAUCAUUUUAUUAAUGAAUUGAAGAUGUUAUUCUCAAAGUGAAAAUGUAACAUU